AAAAUGAGGCACGUUAUGGAGAGAUGCGCGGGCCACACGCAGGGCUGCAGGAAAGCGGGGGAAAGGGGGGUUUGGUCUGACACUCGACGCCGUUUGGCAGCGGCCCCGCUCGCAGCUCGGCAGCCCGCGAGGCUCAGCGUCGCCGGCCUUGCCCGCCCCGGCCGGCACCACCGCCCGUGUGAGAACGCGCUUUCCGGCGCACAAGGGCAGGGAGAAGGGCUCGCCUUCUGCCGCCCGGCCCGUCUGCUCUGCCCUCGCCGGAGCCGGUGCAGAGAGGAUGAGGGGAGGGCGAGGCGCCUCCAGCUGCCCGCGCCACUGCAGCGAGCGGGGGCCGGGGACCGGCUCUGCUGCGGGCAGCGAGGACAGGACUCGCGGGUGGCGGCCCCGCGGAGUCGCACCGCGAAGGCUCUUGCCGCCCCGCACCCCGGGGGCCCGGCCCGAGCGCCGCUGAGAGCCCAGCCCGGCUCCGCCCGGCGCCGGGGCGGGGCAGCCGCGGGGCUGGGCACGGCGAAGGGAGCCGCCGCCACACAGCUCUGCCUCUGCAGUCGCGAUGGCGGUUCCUGGCACCUUGUCGGCGCUGGCCGGGCGCGGGCUCGCGGGGCUGGAGGCGCGGCCGCUGGGCGGGGGGGAGCCGCUGGCGCUGGGCUCGCUGCUGGGCCGGGUGCUCCUGGUCUCCAACGUGGCUUCGCUCUGAGGCACCACGGCCCGCGACUUCACGCAGCUCAACGAGCUGCAGGAGCGGAGAAUGCCACCAAUGAUGAGAUUCUGCUUUCCUUAAAGUAUGUCCGUCCUGGCAAUGGUUAUGAGCCCAAUUUUACCAUGUUUGAGAAAUGCGACGUGAAUGGAGCAAAUGCUCACCCACUUUUCACAUUUUUGAAAGAGGCAUUGCCUUUCCCACAUGAUGAUCCAGUGGCACUGAUGACCAAUCCACAGUACAUCAUCUGGUCUCCAGUUUGCAGGAACGACAUCUCCUGGAACUUUGAAAAGUUCCUCAUUGGCCCUGAUGGAAUACCUUUCAAGCGUUACAGCAGACGCUUUGAAACUAUCAAGAUCCAAGAUGAUAUUGAAAAGCUCCUUCAGCAGAUUCCUUCAAAUGCUCUCAACUAAACCAAACUCCUGCUGAAACUUAUUUCAGUUUCUGCUAACAUGUUACCUCUAACUUUUUACUUCCUGUUCUGUCAGUCUGCCAGGUGUGUUGUCCUGUGGACUACCUGUUCUUUCUGUGAGCUAGUUUGGUCUGGCAGUAAGAUGCUAUUGCUCCUGGAAGUUUUACUUAUGAUGGUGCCUCUUCCAAACUCCUGAAGAAGAGCACUUGAUGUAUUCUGUAAAAGUUCCAUGUGAAGUUUAGCAGACUACACCAGGACACGCAGUUCUGAGUCUAAGUAGCUUUUUGUGAGUCUCUUGUAGGCUCUUGAAAUAAAUAUAGAUCUUGAAAUAAAAA